AUGGAUGAGAAAGAAGAAAUGCCACCAAAAUCAAACAACGAUGAUGAAGAAGAAGAGAUUGUCGAAUAUGUCGAAUUUGUGUACGAUAGUGAAGACAAAGAAAUCACAGAAGAAAUCAAACGAACCAUGACAAAGUUGAUUGUGCGCGGGCCUAAUGUAAAGACUAUUAAAGAGGGGGUCUUCAAGGAAUGUGCAAAGCUAAAGGAAAUUGAUUUCACCGAGGCAACUGCGUUGGAAUCGAUUGGAGAUGAAGCCUUUAGCUAUUGUUCUAGUCUCCUUGGUUUCAAGUGCCCAUCCAAUGUCAAGACGAUUGGAAAGGACGCCUUUGAGGAAUGUACAAAGCUAAAGAAAGUUGAUUUCACCAAGGCUACUGCGUUGGAAACGAUUGAACAUGGAGCCUUUUACAACUGUCAUAGUCUCUUUGCUUUCAAGUGCCCAUCCAAUUUCAAGACGAUUGGAGAUUAUGCCUUUGCAUAUUGUGUUAAUCUAAAGGAAAUUGAUUUCACCGAGGCAACUGCGUUGGAAACGAUCAGAGAAUGGGCCUUUUUUGCGUGUCAUAGUCUCCUUGCUUUCAACUGCCCAUCCAAUGUCAAGACUAUUGAAGAGGCUGCCUUUACAGGAUGUGCAGAGCUAAAGGAAAUUGAUUUCACCGAGGCAACUGCGUUGGAAACGAUUGGAGAUUCAGCCUUUUACAAGUCUCCUAGUCUCCUUGCUUUCAAGUGCCCAUCCAAUGUCAAGACGAUUGGACGGCAGGCCUUUGCAUAUUGUGCAAAGCUAGAGGAAAUUGAUUACACCGAGGCAACUGCGUUGGAAACGAUUGGAAAACAAGCCUUUGACUAUUGUCCUAGUCUCCUUGCUUUCAAGUGCCCAUCCAAUGUCAAGACUAUUGGACGUAAGGCCUUUUAUGAAUGUGAAAAUCUAAAGGAAAUUGAUUUCACCGAGGCAACUGCGUUGGAAACGAUUGGAGAACGAGCCUUUUACGAGUGUCCUAGUCUCCUUGCUUUCAAGUGCCCAUCCAAUGUCAAGACUAUUGGAAAUUGUGCCUUUUAUGAAUGUGAAAAUCUAAAGGAAAUUGAUUUCACCGAGGCAACUGCGUUGGAAACAAUUGGAGAAUCAGCCUUUAAAUCCUGUCCUAGUCUCCUUGCUUUCAAGUGCCCAUCCAAUGUAAAGACUAUUGGAAAGAUGGCCUUUGAGAAAUGUGCAAAGCUAAAGGAAGUUGAUUUCACAAAGGCAACUGCAUUGGAAACGAUUGGAAAAUGGGCCUUUAACAUUUGUCCUAGUCUCCUUGCUUUCAAGUGCCCAUCCAAUGUCAAGACGAUUGGAAAGGAGGCCUUUGCAUAUUGUGAAAAUCUAAAGGAAAUUGAUUUCACCGAGGCAACUGCGUUGGAAACGAUUGUAGAUGGAGCCUUUUACGAAUGUCCUAGACUUGAAACAGUCUACUUUGCUCCCAAUGUGACGGUUGUCCCCAAGAAUAUCCUCGAAGACUGCCCCAAUCUCCAAUUUUUGAAGAUUCCUAGUGGCAAUCCAGCGAUUCACAUUCGAUUGUACACAUCACUCAACGAAGAUAAAAAGCAUUUGAUCAUCUUGAGUGAUAUAGUGAAUGUCUAUGCUUGCAAUCCAAUCAAGAAUUCCGAAUUGCUGGAGAAGUUGGGGGAAGAAAAAUCGAUUCUUCACCAAGUGAGAGCAAUGUAUAUUGGUUCCAUUGUCGAUGGUACACGUCGUUUGGGUUCGACUCCGGAACGCAAUGGGUGGUUGCAAUUCUUGGCGAACAAUAUGGGCGACGGAACGGAUGACCCAGACAUGAGCAAGUUAUUGGACUAUCUUGAAACUGUGGAUAUCAAAAGAGUCCGAGAGCUCGCC